AUACUGUUCUUCCAAAGUUCAACAUCGACUUUGUUGUAGCUCUGCUGAGGCAAGAAAAUGCUAAAGAUAUCUGUGUCAUCCAGCUACCUCCAGAAAUAAAAUACUGUGAUUAUUUUAUAAUUGUGAGCGGAUCUUCAACACGACAUCUUCAUGCAAUGGCACAUUACAUGCUGAAAAUGUACAAGCAUCACAAAGAAGAAAGUGAUCCUCAUACUCAGAUUGAAGGGAAGGAGACAGAUGACUGGCUGUGCAUUGAUUUUGGUAGCAUAGUGAUACAUUUCAUGCUGCUGGAGACACGAGAGGCAUAUGAAUUGGAGAAGCUAUGGACUCUCGGUUCCUAUGAUGACCAGUUAGCACAGAUGACUCCACAGUCACUGCCAGAAGACUUUAUAUUUGGACUGACUCCUAACAGCAGUGAUCAUCUUGAGACAAGAACUGAAUGCAACUGCUGA